UAGCCAACACUGAACGGAUAUCAGCACUUUGAAACACUGCCUAACAAUGCACGAAAAUUCCGUCGCAUUUAAAAAAAUGCAAUUUACAUUUUAAAACAAAACACCAACUGCAAUUUUGACAUAUUAGUUUAUAUUGCUGCCAACACACGUGAGACGGUGCAAAAUGCCUGGCCACCAGCGAAUUGGCACACACCUCCGCAAGCACACGGACGAGAAGCGUCUGCUGGCGUCGCGCGUCCCUCCCAAAGCCAGGGAAUACCUAUCCGAACUGGCCGUCGAUCGGGAGCUGGAGCGCUUCAUGGCCCUGUCCUCGACCAAUAGCAGUGGCACCAGUCGCAGCAAUGUGAGCAUGUACACGGCUCCCCUACACUGCACUCCCCGUUCAGUGUCAGUGGCGCCAUCAAAGCCAGCCCGCUGCAGUGGCGGGAGCGGGGGAAAAACGACAUCUGCAGCAGCUGGACAACCGCAUCAGCAUCAGGAAACAGCUGCCGCUGCCGCUGACGCUACAGUUGCGUCUGUGCCAAAGGAAACACAAAGCGAUAAGGAGAUCAUCAGGAUUAUACCCAUUGUAGCCACCGACUGCGUUGUGGGCUGCGAAGGGAUGCGCACCAGUCAAGCCGUGUCCGCGGAGGAUCUACGCACACCCACCAAGCCAGCGGGCAGUCAGGCGCCAGACAGGACGCCCGAGAAAAAGUCAAAAAAUACCCAAACGCCCGAAUCGGCCGUGAAAUCGCACAAGCGCCUUGAAUGGGACCCAGCCGCGGAUGUGGGCUACUACAAGCGGGCGGUGUCCACCAGCAACAUAAGCACCCUGGAGCGUUCCAUUCUGGAGGAGUGCUGGCGGCAGCCACAGCAGCGUUCGGAGACCGAUUUGGAUAGGCUGCAGCUGGAGCAGGGAACAACGCUGGCACAGCGGCCACCGCUCGCCUCCAGUACGUUUGUGAACCGCAGCGAACGCAGGACCACGCCCAGUCUGGGGAGCAUUCGCAGCAGCAGCAAUCAAAGCAAUCGCAGCAGCUCCAGGCGAGAGUCCAAGUCGCAGUCACGCUGCACAUCCCCAAAUGGCGGCAGCUCGGUGGCCAGUAGCUUUGAUUAUCACUCGUCGUUGCCCUCUGCUCAGAGUAGCUCCCAAAAGCAGCUGGCAAAGGAGGAGGAGCGUCAGUAUACGGCCGCGCAGCUGGAGAAGGUUCUGGCCGGGGCUGCCAGUCGAAGGCAGGCGAAGGAGGACAAAGAAAACUGUCAGCCGGCUGCCCAGAGAGGUAGCUCCUCUUCUUCGUCCUCUACUGCUGCAGGAACUGAAGCUGAAACAGGACCGGGCCCUGCUGGUGGUCCCAAGGGAGAGCUUGACUUGGGCGUGGAUCUGCUCUGUUCGCUGGUGCAGGCCCGCAGUCUCAGCCACAAGCAGAAGAAGCAUUUGAUACGGGACAUAGCGAAGCGCAUCUCCUGCAUAGAACUGGGGGAGAGCCUGCGCUCCCGCCAAAGCCCAACAAAGGCAAAAGCUGCUGCCCAGCUGCAGGACAUGGCCACCAACACUACUGCCAGUGUGGCACGUCCUGUGCCCGCUCCGAGGACACGCAUUUUGAUAGCCAACUCCUCGGGCACCUCCACAGCGAGCAGCUCCAAGGAGAUGGUCACCGCACGGACCAAUCCACGGGCCUGCAAAGCAGCCAAAGAACCCACGACGGAACCACAGCAGCUGCAGCUUCCCUCUUCGGAGGCCAGCAGCAUCUCCCAUGAGGGUGAAGCCACAUCUUCGCACAGCAAUGAGGCUGUUCCCGCACCGCUACCUGCUACCACUACCGCUCCCGCGGAAACGGAGCUAGUGAGCCAGGAGUGGCUCAAUCCCAUGACCCAGAGCGAGAUCGAGUACGAGGAGCGUUCGCGUUCGUCCAGCAACGAUUCGGAGCGUCGCCUAACGCUCAGUUGGAUCGAGUUGGAGAUCAAGCGGCUGCAGACGGUGUACAAGAUCGUGAAUAGCAAAUCGUUCCUCCAGAUUGUUCCAGUUGAUGACAAGAGUCCCACGGCUGCCAUCGAGUACGAUCCCCUGAUCAGUGCAGAGCCGUUGAUUGAGCUGCUGCCGGAUGGGGAGGGGCCACAGCGUCGAGCCACUGUUCGGGCACGCAUGAUUGGUGCUGGUCAAGAGCAGGAACCACUUCUGUUGGGUGUGCAAGUGAAGCAUGUACACCCUCGGGGAUUGCAAGAGAAGCCUGUGCAUCUUCAGGGAGAACAAGAGGAGCCUCUAAGAUCCGUAGAGCAGCCCCCAGACGAGGUUAGAUGCAUAACAAAGCCACACGCUGAUGUGGAGUCGCCAGCAGCAGCACCGGAAUUACAGGCGAUACCAACCCCACCACCACCGCCACCUCCACCACCACCGAGGGGCAUUCCACAGCGAGGAAAAAUGGCCACACCCAACAGCUCCAGUGAUGGCGGACGCAGCGAAAGUGUGUGCUCUUUUGUGCAGCAGCGACAGCGGCAGUUUAUGGAGCACUAUCAGAACCAACAGCAGCAGCAGCUGCAACAGCUGCAACAGCACCAGCAGCUGCAGCAGCUGCAGCAGCAGCAGCAGAAACAACAGAAGCAAAGGAAGCAGCAGCGUAUACUGCCACGGAUGCCACAUCUUCUACACCAUCCACAGCAUCAGGAGCAUCAACAUUACCAUCCACUGGUUCAUGGGCAUGGGCAGGGGCACGGGCUGUGUGUGCACCAGCAAGAGCAGCAGCAGCAGCAGCUGCAGCAUAUGGCACCACAGCAUUACAUUCAAAUGCAAUAUACGCAGGCAGCAGGAUCAGGCUCAGGAAUGGACGCUGGUGGUGUCUACUACACAGCAGUGCCCCACGGGUACAGCCUUUUGAGCAGCGAUGCCAUGGCCGAAUAUGUGCAGGUGGCAUCAGAAGCAGCAGAAGGCGCCGAAGAACGCUGCGCCGCCACCACGAGGACAACGACCACCAGCAGCAGUUCGAUCUCUUCCAUGUUGUGCCUCAGCUCGGAGAUGUCCAUACCAAUGGGGGGCGGUGGAGUGGUAAACACCUCCAAGACGACCACCACAACCACCACGCAUCAGUACGACGAGGCUACAUCGGGCAGUAGGUGUCAGCGGAAGCGCAGGGACCAGACACAGAAGCAAACGCAGACACAGACACAGCGCAGGGGAGCGCAUGGCAUUGCGUAUAUGAUUCAGUUUGGGGAGAGCGAAAUGCAGCACACAAUGUCGCUGCAGGAUCACCUGCAGCUCGCUCGUCCCAAGUUCUGUGCCAAGUCCAAGCAGCGCAAGGCCAUACUCAAUCAAAUGCAGAUGCUGCGCAGCGAGCGACGGCGCGAACUGGAGGAGCUGCUCGGUGAGGAUUGCACCCUGGAGACACUGGACAGGCGGCUGCAACAGCUGCCACCGCCAGUCACAUCUUGCGUUCGAGUUUUCUCCACGAAGGAGAUGAAGGCCAUGACCAGCAAACGAUGCCAGCGACUGCCCGAGGUGGUGGCCGCUCAGAAUCGUGAGCGCGAGGAGCGACGGCGUCGCAGCAAUCGCCUCAUGCGGGAUGUCUUCAAUCGGCGCAUGCAAAACCGCGUGUCCAAGGGCAAGAUAUCCCUGAACCACAGCCUGACAAUCAUUUAGGAAUACCACCCCCUCCCACCCCUACAAGAUGGAGACAACACUUUGCCAGUUGAAGGCUUGAUUUAUGUUUUUAUAUUAUCACUUUUAAUUUUUGUUUUCGAAUAAAAAACUGUUCAAAUGA